AUGUCACCGUCGCGCCCAAAAAUAAUCUAUGGCCCACUCAUAUCCCCUCUGUCAAAGCGCGACAUCCGUCUCUCCCCGUGCUCGCUCCUCUCCGUCUCCUCUUGCGGCGUAAUCGAAUGGGCGGAACAUGAUGUCGACCCGUCUUCCCUACAAGAGGUGCUCGCGAAACACGGCCGUUCGUUGGAAGAUAGGGAUGUGGAGUUCAUACAGCUGAAAUGGGGGGAGUGGAUCAUGCCUGGGUUCGUAGAUACGCAUACACAUGCCCCCCAGUUCCAGAAUAAUGGUGCUGGGUCACAGUACGAGCUUUUGGAUUGGCUAAAGUAUGUCACUUUUCCCGAGGAGGAGAAAUUUGCGGAUGUCCAGUAUGCGAAGAAGAUGUAUAGACGGGUGGUACGGGCGUCGUUGGAUCUUGGGACAACGAUGUGUUGCUGGUACGGGACUCUGCACCUGGAGGGCACAAAGGUGCUAGCGGAUAUUACGCAUGAGUUGGGCCAACGCGCCUAUGUCGGGAAAUGUAAUAUGGACCGGAACUCUUCGCCAACCUACCAGGAAGCGUCUGCAGAAGAGUCGAUUGCCGAUACGCGGUCUUUCAUCUCCUAUGUUGAAGCUCUCUCCCCGUCGGACAGCACCGCCCUAGUACGACCUAUCAUCACCCCACGGUUUGCGAUUUCCUGCACCUCGAAGCUGCUCACCGGCUUAGGAGAGCUGGCAGCCGCACACCCACAGGUGCCUAUCCAGACCCACAUAAGUGAGAACAACGCCGAGAUUGCUUAUACCAAGACGCUCUUCCCGGAAUGCAGCACGUACGCAGAGGUGUACGACCACUUUGGCUUGCUGAGGGAGAAUACGAUCCUUGCUCAUGGGGUGCAUUUGGAGAAGAGCGAGUUGGAUCUCAUCAAGCGCAGAGGGGCGGGGCUGAGUCAUUGUCCGACUAGCAACUUUAAUUUGAGGAGCGGAUCUGCCCAUGUAGGACAAUGGCUGGACAAUGGGAAUAAGUGCGGGCUCGGGACGGAUUGUUCGGGCGGGUGGACAGCAUCAAUGAUCACAGCAAUGCAGCUUGCAAGCGUCUGCAGCAAAGUCGUUUCCUUCUACACGAAAGGGGAUGAUGCGACUCUCACCGGCCGUUUCAGCAAGACCCAGUUUGCAAAGUACCAGCUUCCCAUCCCUACCCUCUUCUGGAUCGCGACUAUGGGCGGGGCAGAGGUCUGCUGCCUGCAGGAUACGAUUGGGAGCCUCGAGCCUGGCAAGCAGUUUGACGCGGUCCGUGUGAGCAUUCUCCCUGAGACGGAGAAUAUGCAUCUUUGGUAUGAAGAAUCAGACUCGCUUGAGAGCAUGCUCGAGCGGUUUAUGACGAAUGGUGAUGAACGGAAUGUCAGGGAGGUCUGGGUGAAAGGCAGAAAAGUUGGUGGAAGACUGUUCAAGUAG